AUGAUGACCCCCGUGGUGGCCUCCGUGGUGGCCCCCAUGAUGGCCACCGCCGUGAUGUCCACCAAAAGCACCGCCGCCGCCGUGAUGCCCUCCAUGAUGCCCGCCAAGCCCGCCAAACCCGCCGCCUCCGUGAUGGCCGUGGUGACCGUGAUGUCCCCCGUGGUGCCCGCCGAAGCCGCCACCUCCCAUCGGGCCCAUCCCCAUCCCCAUCCCGCCUCCAGGGCGGCGACGACCGCCUCCAAGCAGCCCUCCCAGCAUGCUCAUUCCCAUCCCGCCCCCAUUGUGCCGCCCUCCUCCUCCGAGCAUGCCCAUGCCGCCUCCUCCGUGGUUGUGGUUAUUGUUGUUGUAGUAUUGCCCGCCGCCGUAGCCGCCGCCACCGCCGUAGGGUCGCGCCGGGAUGACGUCGUCGCCGUAUUUGUUUCUUGA